UCAGCAUUACUGAGAAAAUGUAAUUGAAAGCUGUUGUGUGCUGCACCUAACCGUGGAUCUGUGUAGGUGUUAGUAAGGCUACUGUUACCAUGAAACAUCAUUACUCCUGAAGCACUGAAAUGGAAUGAAUGACAAUAUAUUAUUAGCUUAUUUUGGGAAACUAAUUUUUCUAUUGGGUGUGGGUAAGGUCAGGAAACAACGUAUUCCAAAAUGAGUGUGACGAAAGAAGAAGUGGAGAAAUUUUUGGACAGCAAUCCUAACUUUGCCAAGGAAUACUAUGACACAAGACUACGAUCGAUACAUAUUGCUAACAUGCUGGGAUCUCAAGAACCAAACAGGGACUACAGUACUUUCCGGGAGGUAAACACUGUUGAGGAAAGUGAAAUUAUUUUUGAGCUGAUUCGAGACAUGCAGGAUAUUAAUAUGGAAAAGACAGUGUUUAAUAUACUCAGAAGAAUUACAUUUUUCAUUCAAGCAGAUUGUAUGAGUUUGUUCAUGUACAGAUCUAGGAAUGGAACUCCUGAACUUGCCACUAGGCUAUUUAAUGUUCAAAAGGAUUCUGUUUUCGAAGAUUGUUUUGUUACACCAGAUUGUGAAAUAGUUUUUCCUCUUGACACUGGGAUCAUUGGAUAUGUGGCUCACACUAAGAAAACAGUAAAUAUCAAGAAUAAAGAUAAGGAUGAACACUUCUGUGAUUUUGUGGACACCCUGACAGAGUAUAGAACAAAAAGUGUUCUGGCAACUCCAAUAAUGAAUGGAAAAGAUGUAGUUGCUGUUGUGAUGGCUGUAAACAAAGAAACAGGAUCACAUUUCACCACCAAAGAUGAAGAGAUUUUAUUAAAGUAUCUCAAUUUUCUCAACCUAACACUCAAGAUCUACCAUCUGAAUUACCUCCAUGGGUGUGAAACCAGGAAAGGGCAGGUUCUCUUAUGGUCCGCAAGCAAAGUAUUUGAAGAACUUACUGAUAUUGAGCGUCAAUUUCACAAAGCCCUUUACACUGUGCGAGCCUUUCUGAACUGUGACAGAUAUUCAGUUGCGCUCCUGGACAUGACAAAGGAAAAGGAAUUUUUUGAUCUUUGGCCAGUACAAAUGGGUGAAGUACCACCAUACGAUGGUCCAAGAACUCCAGAUGGAAGGGAAAUAAACUUCUACAAAAUAAUUGAUUACAUCCUUCAUGGAAAAGAGGAAAUUAAAGUCAUCCCGAACCCUCCUCCAGACCAUUGGGCCCUAGUUAGUGGGUUACCGUCGUAUGUUGCAGAAACCAGUCUUAUAUGCAACAUUAUGAAUGCAGCUGCAGAUGAAUUCUUUGAAUUUCAGAAAGAGCCACUUGAUAGUUUGGGAUGGACAAUUAAAAAUGUGCUAUCGAUGCCAAUAGUAAACAAGAAAGAGGAGAUUGUUGGAGUUGCCACCUUUUAUAAUAGGAAGGAUGGAAAACCAUUUGAUGAAAUGGAUGAAACUUUAAUGGAAGCCUUGACACAAUUCCUUGGGUGGUCUGUUUUGAACACGGAUACAUAUGACAAAAUGAACAAAUUAGAAAAUAGGAAAGAUAUUGCACAAGAUAUGGUGAACUAUCAUGUUAAAUGCUCUAAAGAUGAAAUACAAGAUAUCCUGAAAACUAGAGAAUACUUUGAUAGAGAACCCGAUGAGUGUGAGGAAGAAGAUCUUCAGGAAAUAUUGGCUGAAGAACUUCCAGAUGCUGAGGAAGCAGAACUCUAUGAGUUUCACUUUUGUGAUUUUGAAUGGUCUCCAUUGGACCUUGUGAAAUGUGGAAUACAGAUGUAUUAUGAACUUGGUGUGGUUGAUAAGUUCCACAUACCACAGGCGGUAUUGGUCCGUUUCAUUUAUUCUCUAAGUAAAGGAUACAGAAAAAUCACCUAUCACAACUGGCGGCAUGGGUUCAAUGUUGGGCACACCAUGUUUGCCCUUCUCAUGACUGGAAACCUAAAGCGCUACUACACAGAUCUAGAAGCUUUAGCCAUGGUGACAGCAGCAUUUUGCCAUGACAUUGAUCACAGAGGAACAAACAACCUCUAUCAAAUGAAAUCACAGGAUCCAUUGGCAAAACUUCAUGGCUCAUCCAUUAUGGAACGCCAUCACUUGGAAUUUGGCAAAACCCUGCUUCAAGAUGAGGAUUUAAAUAUCUUCCAAAAUCUUAACAGAAGACAGUAUGAACAUGUCCUCCAUCUGAUGGACAUUGCCAUCAUUGCUACAGAUCUGGCACUUUAUUUCAAAAAAAGAACAAUGUUUCAAAAGAUAGUAGACUUGUCAGAAACAUAUGAAGAUGAUGAAGAAUGGGUGCAAUUUAUGAUACUGGAAACAACGAGGAAAGAAAUAAUCAUGGCCAUGAUGAUGACAGCAUGUGAUUUGUCUGCAAUCACAAAACCUUGGGAAGUGCAAAGCAAGGUAGCUCUCUUAGUAGCAGCCGAAUUCUGGGAACAGGGUGACUUGGAACGAACUGUAUUGGAACAGCAACCUAUUCCCAUGAUGGAUAGAAACAAAGCUGAUGAACUUCCAAAACUUCAAGUUGGUUUCAUUGACUUUGUGUGCACUUUUGUAUACAAGGAAUUCACCAGAUUUCAUUCUGAAAUUCAGCCUAUGCUCAGUGGCAUCCUCAAUAACAGAAAGGAAUGGAAAGCACUGGCUGAUGAGCAUGAAGCAAAAGUGAAAGCCAUUGAGGAAGAGAAACAACGGAAGGAAGAAGAACGUGCAGCAAAACAAGCUAAUGAUGUAUCACAAAAGGCACAAGGUUCUCAGUCUAAGACAUGCAAUCUCUUGUAAACUACCACAAAUAACCAUUUUUGUGAGUCUACACUGGCGGUAUACUACAAAUAUUUGUGAAAAAUAGUCUACUUUUCAAAAUUAAUUGCAUUGUUAAAAGAUAGCUUACAGUAAAGUAAAACCUUUCCUUAGUUACAAGGCUUCAAACAAGAAAAAUGAAUUUCAAAAAGUCAGAUUAAUAUGUACUGUAAAAAAAUUAUUAUAUCUUAUGAAUCAUAUAAAAUAUUGUGUGUUACAGAAACUUAAAAUACCUUUGAAAGAUAAAGAAGUUAUUUUCCAUCUUGUAUUGAGGUGAAAAGAAGUUAUGUGACAAUUUGUGAGAUGAAUUUGGAGCUUCAGAAGAUGCAUUGACAUUUGAUUAGCUCUGACAUUGCUAUUUUCACAAAUCAUUCCAACAACCUAUUCUUACUGUCCAUGAUCUUGGUUUUAUUUAAAAAAAUCUUACUAUGGAUUCAGAGUUGAAGCUACUGGUGAAUUGUGAACUUUGGCAUUACCACCGACAGCAAAUAAUAAAGCAUAGUUAUAGUUAUAAUAUCUUGGCCUACAACCCUGUGGUUAUGCCUCAAUACAACAGGAGGACCGAUAGAUACACAAAGAAUAUAGGCAGCCACAACUUGCUAAAUCUACAAACAAAUCAACUGUAAUAGAGUCAUGGUGUGAAGGUGCCAGUGUUGGACUGGCUCGGACAAGGUCAAAAAUCACACGUCACCAGAUUAUAAUCCAACCUGUUGGACUAUAACGUGGUGUCGUGUGGUAAUGGAAUCAGUUACCUGGACUUGGCAGAGGAAUAGCUAGUUGAAUCUCAUUGAGGAUGCUAUGACUAAAAUAUGCCAUUAAAUUGAAGAAGUGAAAGAUUGUGAAUUAUAAUAAAAAUAUAUUAAUUCUCCUCAGUUGUGCUGUUUGAUUGUGUACAAGGCAGACUUUCACAAGACAUCUUCCAAUGAUCCAUUGCAACUCUGGUGGUAGACCCUUAUAUCCUUAUUCUCUGUGGCUCACUGUGCUUUACUAUCAACAAUUUUAGGUUCAUUUGUAUAGAAUGAACUAUUGUAUAUGCCUGUUCCUGAUUGGAUAUGGUUUCCAGCAGAUCGGUUGCUCAAUGCAGUACUAUAUAUUAUGUUGCUUUCCAUUCCUGUGCUAACUAUUUUCUUUUUGGUUCCUUGGAUCUUGCAGUCCACUAAGACCUACAUUGCUUAAAGGAUUUGAUAGACUAGAUGUGCAGAAGACUGCCACAAAAUUAAUAACUACAGGACAACAAUAUAAGACAGUGUGCCAAGAAAUCCAAUGUAGAAUUCAGAAGAAGCUUCUUGAUCCAAAGAGUGGUGAGAAUAUGGGAGUUACUCCAUAGGGAGUAUUUGAAGCAAAUCAUACAGGUGGAAUUAAGGGGGAAGAUGGACAAAUAUAUCAAGGAGAAAGGAACAGAAGCUUAUAAUGGCAGAUUUAAAAGCAAUAAUAUGGCGGAGGUUUCAAGUUGGGUAUCAUUGUUGGUAUGAACUGGUUGGGUUGAAUGGACAUUUUCCAUGCUGCAUACUAUGUGAAAUUCAGUUCCUGGAUCCAAGUGGUUUCAGCUCUAUGGGAAAUGGUUGGGGUUAAAAUAAAUCCAAUCAUUUCUAGUGUGACACAGUUGCUAUAUUUUGUUGAGGGUAAUGAAAACAAUCUGUACAUGUGCCAGAAAAAUGCAGGGUGGGUAGAUCAUGAAGUCAGGCAGAUGAGUUGAUGCUUGAUCUACAUGUUGAACCUUGUCACUCACAAUGACCUCUCUUAAAUGAAUACAGCUGAGUUUAAGAGGAUUGCACAAGGAAUUGUCCACCAAUGCGUUUAAAAGCAACAGCAUUCGAUUUGCAGAUGAAGUGCUUUAGACUAUCAACUUGCUGCUGCAGCGGAAUAAAAGCAGUUGGAGGAGUUGUGAGAAGUUAUUGAACUGAUCAGUGAAAGGGCAGAUUUAUAUUCAUAAGCAGUCGUUUGUUCCCUGUCAAAGGAGCUACAGUUAAAACUUCCCUCAAGUUUCAGCAGCAGAGGAAGAUUGAACAGAAAAAGUAGAUAAAAGGUUAAUGGAGAAGAAGGAGAAGCAAGAGGAGGGUUCUAAGCAUGAAAGCCUGAACCAUCUAGAGUCUUCAUGGACUAAGUAGAGGUUCACAGAAUUGAGCAAGUAAAACUGCAGGCCAAGGACAGUGCUGCCAAACUUUAAUGCCAAAAGCUCUUUCCAUAUGAGAACAGGUGGCAAUGUUAAUCUAUUGUGUUUGGCAUCUGUUGCUGCUUCUGAGAUGACACAAAGGCUCUAUAUGCAUAGAAAGGUGAAUUCAUUAACUUCUUUCUAAACAGUCAGAAUAGGAUAAGUUGUUUUGCUCUAAUAUUGGCCUUCUUUCAGUGCAGGAAGCCAUCUACUGCAGACACAUGGCCUUGUUUGCAAUUCAUCUCAACAGGGAGAUGAAUCACAGCCACAAAAAAUAUCUCUUGCUCAAUGUGCAGUUGGUUAACACCCACACUGGAAAUAUUAUAUUGGUGAUUGUCUGCUAUCCUGGCAGCAGUCAUGAUACAUUCAACCUGUGCUAUUUAGCUGUUGUAUAUUCAACUACUGUACUGAACCAGAGAAUUGCUGCUGAAAGGCAAGGGCUAUCUGCUGUGCUGAGACUCCUUUCCAUAGUGUCACAUGUGGUUGUCACUCACACAUCGAGAGCCCAACUGGGAGAGUCAUGGAGCAAAUCAUUGACAUGCUGAACCAAUGGUUCCAACGCUAAGAUCCCUCAUGAGGCACCUUUCAUAUUCAUCCCAAUGCUCAAUAGUCUACUGCAUUGUCCACAACCUGGCUACAAGGAGGGAACAGCCAUUUCCACUUGGGCUUCAGGAGCCAGCUCAGAGAGUAGGAAGAGGAAAAGGAAGAUGCGAAGGGGGCGAGAUUUGUAGCAGAUCUGCAGUCUUGACAGACUCUGUGAGAGUAUCCACAGAUUGCUGUUUCCCAAAUAAAUCACCAUAUCCUCAAACCAUUCAUCUAUUAGGUACCAUCCAGUGUCCUCUUGGCCCUAAGUUUGAAAUAAAAGACACCAAAACUAAUGGUAUCCAGUAAUCCUUAUAAAUGAUCUAUACAAUACUCAACUAAUCACUGUUUGCAAUCCCUUAGUGCCUCAGUUGCUGGAUACCUCAGCCUAUCUGGAGAUGCCAGUGUUGGGCUGGGGUGUACAAAGUUAAAAAUCACACAACACCAGGUUAUAG